AUGAAUGGUCCAUCAACAUUUGAAGCUGAACACGAGGAGCUGAAAGAAAUAGUAAGGAGGACGGUAACUGCUGCUACUUCGGCUGUUGAGCACAACGAUCAGAAACUGCGGCUCAUUGAUGAUUUGCAGCACUUGGGAGUGAGCUACCACUUCGAGGGCGAGAUUGAAGCCGAGUUGCUUAACAUGACCAGUACGGAUAUGCUUUCUGACUCGAAUGACCUCAACUCAAUCGCGAUUUGGUUCCGCCUUCUCAGACAACAAGGUCUAAAUGCUUCUCCUGAUAUAUUCGAGAAAUUCAAGGACGGGGAAGGCAAUUUCGUGGUGUCAUUGGCCUCUGAUGUUCCAUCCCUACUGAGCUUGUACGAAGCCUGUUUUCUGGCCAUACCAGGAGAAGAUAUUCUGGAUCAAGCGCUGGCCUUCACUACUCAACACCUUGGCUCCUAUGCAAGUAAUUAUAGUGGUAAUAAGAUAACGAAUCCCAAGUUGGCGGAAGAAGUAAGGUUUGCCCUGCUAAGGCCAAUCCGAAAGCGCUUGCCGAGGCUGGAGGCUAGGCGUUUCAUCGACACUUUUAACAUGGAUGACCAGUCCUCGUCCCAUGAUAUUUCUGGGUCGCUGUUGAGGUUUGCCCAGUUGGAUUUCAAUAUCGUGCAACGCCUACAUCAGGAAGAACUCCGUGAAAUCCAACAGUGGUGGGUAGAUUUGGACGUGGCGACCAACUUCAAAUACGCAAGAGACAGAAUUGUGGAGUGCUACCUGUGGGUAAUGGGGAUGUAUUUUGAGCCCAAGUAUAGCCAAGGCAGGAGGCUACUGACCAAGUUGAUAGCGGUCAUGUCUCUUGGGGACGAUACUUACGAUAACUAUGCUACAUAUGAAGAACUCGCUCCCUUCACCGAGGCCAUUGAAAGGUGGGACAUCGAUCUCGUGAGUAACCUUCCAGAAUGCAUACAGAAGCUUUAUGCCUUGUACCGCUAUAGGUUUGACGAGAUUGAAGAGGCAUUUGCUGCAGGCGGAAGGCCAUUUGGUGCAGUUUACGCGAAAAAGGCCCUAGACACACUGCUGAAAGCCUACCUAAUGGAGGCCAAGUGGAGGGACGAGGAUUAUCGGCCGAAUCUGGAAGAGUACAUGCAAGUUUCAUUAGUGACAACUUGCUUUACGGUCCUCACGACUGUUUCAUUCCUCGCCGUGCCCGAAGCCGCAACUGAGGACACAUUUCACUGGAUCUCCACCGACCCUACUGUGCUCUUGGCCUCCAAAACCGUCUGUAGGUUAAUGGACGACAUUGUCUCCCACAAGUUUGAGCAAGAAAGGAAGCAUGUCCCAUCCGCCGUAGAAUGUUACGUGGACAAGACGGGGCUGUCGGAAGAGAAGGUGGUGGGAGUGCUUAAUGAACAGAUUGCCAAGGCGUGGAAGGACAUGAACAAAGAGUACCUGAUGACGAACAGGCCGACAAAUGGGAUGGCGACUAAUAAGCCUAUCCUCGAUCGGAUGCUUAAUCUUGCGAGGGUUAUAGAUGUGAUCUAUAAGGAGGAUGAUGGCUUCAGAAACUCUCAUCUGCUGAAACACUAUGUUGUCUCCGUUCUCCAGGAACCUGUUUCCCUUGUUGCUGUUUAGCACUGGAGAAAAUGCAUGCGUGAUAUUACGUAGUACUGAAGGUUCUUUUGUUUCUAUACCCAUCAUUAUGUACUGCUAGCGUACGUCUG